AUGAAAUACUCUACCGUUUUUACUGCUUCUGCUUUCGCUGCUACUUCCUUGGCUGCCACUGUUCCUUCUGAACCUUGGACUACUUUAACCCCAACCGGUUCUGCUCCAACUGGUGCUAGCACUGACCACACUCAUAAAUUCGGUAUUUCUAUUAAAACCGUUUCUGACGCUUCUGCUUCUGCUUCUUCCGCUCCUGCUAAAAGAGACGGUGUUGUUAACCAAAUCGGUGAUGGUCAAAUUCAACAACAAACUUCUGAAACUUAUUCUGCUCCAAAACCAACUACUGCAUCUGUCAUUAACCAAAUUGGUGACGGUCAAAUUCAACAUCAAACCGCUCAAACUACUGCUUCUGUCAUUAACCAAAUCGGUGAUGGUCAAAUCCAACAUCAAACCGCACAAACCGCCUCCGUUAUUAACCAAAUCGGUGAUGGUCAAAUUCAACACCAAACUGCUGCUACCUCCGCUAACGUUGCUUCUCAAAUCGGUGAUGGUCAAGUUCAACAAUCAACUGAAACUGCUUCUGCUGAUGAUAAAUCUGAUGGUAACAUCCCUCAAGCUUGUAUGGGUUCCAGUGCUUUAUCCAUGGAAUUGAAAUCUUCCGUUUUAACUGACUCUAAAGGUAGAAUUGGUGCCAUUGUUGCUAAUAGACAAUUCCAAUUCGAUGGUCCUCCUCCUCAAGAAGGUUCCAUCUACGCCGCUGGUUGGUCAGUUACUUCUGAAGGUUUAUUAGCCUUAGGUGAUCAAACUACCUUCUACCAAUGUGCUUCUGGUGAUUUCUACAAUUUAUAUGAUGAAAACAUUGCUGCUCAAUGUGCCGCUGUUGAAUUAAGUAUUAUCGAUUUGGUUAGCUGUUAA